AUGAUCUUCGCGCUCUCGUUCUCUGAGCUGGUCAACAUUGCCAUCCCGCAGUGUGGUGUGGUGAACUUCAAGGCCCUGCACCUGGUGCUCCAUGGCAUCCUGGAGCACAUCAACAUGGCUGAGCUCAAGAAGGUCCUCUCAGGGGAUGAGGACUUCCUCCAGACCUCACCGAACAUGUUAAUGCCCCGGGAAGGAGAUGGUCAGCCCACCGUCCAGCCCCUGAAGAGGCUGAGCAAUGUCUUCGACCACGUGGUGAACCGUAUCGAGAGGAUAGAGAGCCAGCUGACCAUGCUACAUGAAAUGCCUUCCACCUCCAUGCUGCUGGAGGGCAGCCAAGGGACCAACCGGCCUGCCCAGGACCUGUGGCAGCUGAUAAAGCUCCGGAAGAUGGUGGAGGGCAAUGAAGAAGCCUUAGAAAAGGCUAUGAAGACCAUGCAGGAUUUGCUCACCGACAUUAAUUCACUCAAGGCUGCCACUGAAACCCUCAGGAAGGAUGUGGACAUGCUGAAGGACAUGUGGAAUAAGAUACACCUGGACCGCAUAAACACUUUCUUGGAUGACAUGAAAGUGCAGAACCGGAAGAUACAUGUGCUGCAGCGGGAUGUGACUGCUCUCCAGAACAAGAUUAGCACCAUCCCCAAAGCUGACGACUUGGUACUCUGGAGCAGCCUCCACGAUGCCUUGUUCAUCCCGGGAACUGUUCAACAGGGAGAUGUUUCAGAAGAGCUGGAAGAUUCUGAUAUGUGGAAAGUUGCAGAGAAGCUCCCAGAGCCUGAACUUCCCCAGACCACCAUGUUCCUCGAAAGUUCUGGUCCCAGCCAGGUCUCAGAGGCCUUCCAACUCCCCAGGCCCUUGGAGACCGUUUGGCCUUAUCCGGUCCCUGGGCAAGUACAGAAGGAGGAGUCUGCCUAUGGAGUUCCUCUCACAGGGGCCCAGGGGUUGGACCUGGGCCUGCCCCUGGACCUGGGCCUAUAUAUGGACCUGGACCUGGGUAUGGACCUGGGUAUGGACCUGAGACUCCAUAUGGACCUGGGCCUAUAUAUGGACCUGGACCUGGGUAUGGACCUGGGCCUGCCCCCGGACCAGGGCCUGCCCCCGGACCAGGGCCUGCCCCUGAACCCAUGCCCCCUGGGCCUGCCCCUGGACCUGGGUAUGGACCUGGGCCUGCCCCCGGACCAGGGCGUGCCCCUGAACCCAUGCCCCCUGGGCCUGCCCCUGGACCUGGGCCUAUAUAUGGACCUGGACGUGGGUAUGGACCUGAGACUCCAUAUGGACCUGGGCCUAUGUGGGCUUCCUCCCAGAGGCUUGCCUGACUAUAGCAGUUGGCCUUUCUGGGGCUUAGGUCACUUUCAGCCUGGCCCAGGCCAAUUGGACUCCCAGGGUUUCAGGGCCCCACCACCAGCCAUAGAGCCUGGCUCAGCCUGGCCUCAUACACUGGAGUCACAGGAAGAGAUGCCCCAGCUCCCAUCUCUCUCAGAAGGUACGGAAGAAGAUUAUUUACAGUACAAGACAGACACUCAGGAUGGAGCCCCUGCUCCUCAAACCUCUGAAGAAGGACCCCCUAAGAGUGCCCGGACCGCCCUCCGGCGGAUGAAAACUACUGCUGCCAUUGCCGCUGCUGCCGCCGCUGCCUAUGCGGCUGCUGCCUCGAGCUCAGCAGCCCGGGCAGCUGAGUCCUCAGCCCUGGUCGUCAAGGAUGCCCCCGCCACUAAACUGGCCUCUGUAGCAACAAGCGUGGCUGCAUCUGGACCCUUAGGGAUCUUUGCAGAUGUUAUGGGUGCUGGGUCUUCCCGUGGGGCCAUACCCUCCGUGUCAAUCACCGAUGAGGCCGAGAUGGGCUAUGAAGAGUUCAUCGCUUCUACCUAUGCUACUCACUUCAUCGCUCCUGAAACUGAGCUGUCCCAGGCCACGCUGGUCCCCAAACAGACAAUAAUUUCUGAAGACAAGAAGAAGGCCAUCAAGUAUUCCAUGAGCCACAGAGCCCAGAUACCCGUUAAGCACGACUCCCUGAAAGAAGAGUUUGACCAGCUGUCGUCCCACAUGAAACAUCACAUAGCUCAUCUAGCUGAGAGGGGAAGCGCUUCCAGGUUUGGGAUGACACUGGACAUACUGCAAGAAAAGAUUGGCAACCUCCAGAAAUCCAGGUUACAGGAGGAGGAACUCGAGAAAGUUUGGGGCCACCAAAUAGCAGCGAUGAAGGAUCACCACAUCGUUCUGGACAGGGCAGUGGAAAAGAUCUAUAAUCGCCUGGAGGAGUUUAAGACUCUCCAAUCUCAAAUAAAAGACCUAGACGUGAUCAAGGCAGACAAAAGUGCGAUGGAGCAGGAGUUAAAAGAGAAAGCUGACAAGAGCAUCUUGGCAGCCAAGGCAAGCCGGGUUGAUCUGGACAGGGUGGCAACGGAGCUGAACGACAUGAUUCAGGGCAUACUAUUGAGGGUCGUGUCCCAAGAGGAGGACUGGAAGAAGACUGUGGAGCAGCUCAGCAAGGACAUGGGCAGCAAGCUGAACCACAAGGAUUUGGACAGUCUAAAGAAAGACAUAAAUGAGGUCUGGCAUAUAGUCAACAAGCUGCUAAUUGAAGGCCUCCGAUUCGACCCUGACAGUGCCGCCGGCUUUAGGAAGAAACUGUUUGAGCGGGUGAAAUGCAUUUCCUGUGACCGGCCGGUGGAGAUGAUGACUGGCCCACAUCUCAUCACCAUCCGCAAAGCCCACCUGCUGUCCAGGAUUCGGCCAUCUAGUGCCAACAGCUAUGAGUACCUGCAGCGGCAACAGAUGAGGGAGCAGCAGCUCCAGAACCUUGGAGACCAGGACUGGCACGACGGCCCUGGGAAUGAUGCGAACCUCAAGCUCAAGUCAUAUAACUUGACAACACUCUAUCCCUAUGGGGACCCUGAUACUUUGGACUAUGAUACCGCCGAGGUGGACAUCCUGGGAGUGGAUGGGAUCCUGUACAAGGGCCGAAUGGAGAGCCAGGAAGGCACACAGCCACUGACCGGCGUGGAGAAGGAGCUGGCUGCUGUAAAGGUUCCACGUCCCCCGACUCGAAACCUAUAUGAGCGCUUUGGUGUCAUCUGCCCCCCCCUGCGCUCCAGUGCCAACAUCCGCUCAGAGACUCCAGGCCCCCGUUCAACGACACCAGCUCACACUCCAUCUCUGCCACCCUUGCCAUUGCUGCCUCCGCUGAUGCCACACCUGCAGGAGCCCCAGCAGGCCUCAGGGUCCAUCAGGCAUCCAAGGCCUCAGCGCCUCUAUUCCCGAGUCAGCACGCAGACGACCUAGUAGCCCGACCACCCGACUGUGUCCACAUGGGGCCAAGCUCUUCCUGACCCAGGUCUAUGCCGCCUGGACAGACACUGGCGCUGAAGCCCCAGCCUCCAUCCACCCCCCCCCCCCC